UUGAAACGAUAAAUGCUACUCUACAUUCAACUGGAAAAACGAGAAUUAUUUAAUGUCAUUUUCAUAAAUCAAAUAGUACUUGGUUAAUUAUUUUUAUAUCUUAAGAAGUAUAUUUGUGUCAUCUUUGUCCAUAGCUGUAAUAUAUACGAAACACUUAAAAGAUGGAACAAUUUCUAUUUCGAAUUUUGCUAGCAUUGAUAACUGUCGUUAACUCUAAGGCAAGAGAAGAUGCAUUAAAAGCUAGUUCUCUCCGACAUGAUGUAAAGAAAAGAAGUGUUGUCAACAUAAGAGAUUUAGGAACCUUCGAUACCGGCUACCCAUUCGAUUAUCCUCCGAUAGAACGAUUUUACAAUUCAGAACCACAUGAAAGAAAAGAUAUUGCAACAAUGUUCAGAUUUUUUAGCCCAGUAAAUAAAGAAGUUCCACAAAUAUUUUCCAAUAUGAACUUCUCUACUUGGGAUGUGAAGAAGUCUGGCUUUACCAAUCAAAGCAAGACGUAUUUCCUCAUACAUGAUUAUUUAGGAAGAAACGCAGAAUGGCUGUUGAGGCUGAAGAAUGCUUUGUUAACAAGAACUGAAUGUAAUGUCUUUGUCGUUGAAUGGGGAUUUGAAGGAUCGCAUUGGUACGAUGAAGCGGUUGCUGACAUUAGAAUAGUAGGAGCUGAAGUUGGACUUUAUAUUCAACGUUUUAUGAAUACCUCGAACUUGAAUCUAGAUUUAGUGCACAUAAUAGGUCAUGGGCUUGGUGCACAGGCAUCGGGAUAUGCUGGCAAGUGGAUUCGGGAGAGUCGAAAUAUCUCAAUUGGUAGAAUUACAGGUUUGGAUCCAGCAGGCCCCUUUUUCAAUGGCGUAAGUGAAGCUGUGAGAUUAGAUAAAAGUGAUGCUAGCUUCGUUGACGUCAUACACACCAAUGUAGAUGGAAAACAUCUGGAAGGUUAUGGAUUAAAAGAACCUAUAGGUCACGCAGAUUUCUAUCCCAAUGGAGGUGAAUCUCAGCCUGGUUGUGGAACAGCAUCAUCAUAUGCUGUAGAUACGAAUCAAUAUGAUAUUCUCAGUUACACAAGUGGCCUUGCUUUUUUACAGAGAUAUUCUCAGAGGAAACCUCAGAUCACUCAAGAGGAGCACAGGAAACUGUACUGCAGCCAUACGAAAGCCUGUGAAUACUUCAUUGCCAGCGUAGAAGAGCCAAACUGCAAAUUUGAAUCCUCUCCUUGUUACAGUUGGGAUGCAUACGAAAUUGGUGGGUGUGGAUCAUGCUUUACUACAGCAUGCGUAAGGAUGGGAUUAUAUGCUGCAGUAGACAGGUGUGAAUUUGAAAAUGAAAUACCGCUAAAACUCUAUCUAAAAACUGAUGAUUCUUCUCCUUUUUGUGAUUUUUACCCUUCAGUACAGCAUACAUUGAUUGAUUCAGAGAAAAUACUCAAAACGUUUUAUAACUGAAAAUGCAAUGUUCAGUCAGAUUAAGUAAUGUGUACUUGUGUCUCUUAAAUGUAAAACUGAAAAUGAAUAAUGUACAGAAAUAAAACAAUUAAA